UUGUGCGUGUUGUUCGAGGGAAAGAGCUGCUGCUGGAGCGAUUCGAGGCCUUGCAUCUGCUUUCUAUGAACGAAAAAGGAAUAAACACGUUCUGUUUGGUAGUUUUUUUUCAUGCAACAGGCAGAAACCGUUGGAUAAAAUCAAACGGAGGCCGAGGAGUGGUUAAAUGGUUUUGAACGAUCACACUUGAUUUUCAUCAUAUGGGAAGAAUGUAGAAGCGAGUCGUGAAUACAAUCAGCUUUUUUUUUAUAAAUUAGUUUUAUUUUGGAGACGAUGGCCUACACAAAUUACAGCUCAUUAAACCGAGCUCAGCUCACCUUUGAAUAUCUGCACACAAACUCGACAACCCACGAGUUUCUUUUUGGAGCUUUAGCCGAACUCGUGGACAACUCAAGAGAUGCAAAUGCCACACGGAUAGACAUCUAUACAGAGAAGAGACCGGAUCUGAGAGGCGGGUUUAUGCUGUGUUUCCUUGACGAUGGCACUGGAAUGGACCCCAGCGAAGCCACACAUGUCAUCCAGUUCGGCAAAUCAAGCAAACGAUUCCCAGAGUCCACUCACAUUGGCCAGUAUGGAAAUGGAUUAAAGUCGGGUUCCAUGCGUAUUGGGAAGGACUUCAUCCUUUUGACCAAAAAAGAUGACAAAUUAACGUGUUUGUUUUUGUCGCGAACAUUUCAUGAGGAAGAGGGUCUGGACGAGGUGAUUGUCCCGUUACCCAGUUGGGAUGCGAAGACCCAACAGCCUCUGACUCAAGACACGGAGAAGUACGCUACUGAGACUGAACUCAUCUUUAAGUAUUCACCUUUUAAGAAUGAAGAGCAGCUAUUCCGCCAGUUCAAGAAGAUCGAAGGACCCAGUGGUACGCUGGUUGUAGUUUAUAACUUGAAGUUGAUGGAUAACCGAGAACCGGAGUUGGAUGUGGAGACAGAUCACCAGGACAUUCUGAUGGCUGGGAUGCCGGUAGAGGGAGUGAAGCCAGAGAGGAGGUCGUUCCGUGCGUAUGCUGCUGUCCUGUACAUCGACCCCAGGAUGAGGAUCUUCAUUCAGGGUCACAAAGUCAGAACCAAGAGAUUGUCCUGUUGCUUAUAUAACCCUAGGAUGUACAAAUACACAUCAACACGCUUUAAAACUCGUGCGGAGCAGGAGGUCAAGAAGGCAGAUCACCUCUCGAAACUUGCUGAGGAGAAGGCACGAGAGGCCGAGAGUAAAGCUCGUGCCUUGGAGUUAAAGCUUGGUGAUGACUUAUCCAAAGAAGCCCGAGCCGCGCUGAGGAAGGCACAAGAUUCGGCUGUGGCGUUACGUGCCGAAGCUACAAGAAAACAAGCCAUCCAUGCAUCCAAACAAAAAGUUAUGUACAAAUAUAAUUUCUUAAUGUUUUCAAUCUUCCUUCCUGUAGAUAAGUGUUUGAAGUGGCGGACGCUGCCGUUUCAGAUGGAUGCCGUGGACAAACGCUACCCAGACAGCUGGGUGUGUCUCAUGAACCCAGACGGAACCCAGGACAGGUGUGAUGCGGCUGAGCAGAAGCAGAAUUUGCCCAUUGGCGUUUUGAAAAAGGACAUCAAGUCAUCAGACGACAAACAGAAAGAUCUGUCUGAGAAAAUCCGUCAGCAGCAAGAAAAACUGGAGUCCAUGCAGAAAAGCACAACAAUAAAAUCAGCAGCAGAUAUAAAACGGCUCCCUCUAGAUGUCAGUACAAAACCUGCAGAAGAGCGCACGCCUCAGCCGACCCGCUCAUCUCAGCGAGCAGCGCUCCGCCCACGAUCCCCACCUCUCCCCGCAGUGGUCAGAAAAGCUGUCAGUCAGCCACAGAUAGCAAAAACUCCUCCCCCUAAAGCAACGCCUCCUUCACGACCAACCCGGACCCCACCAGCUCCUCCCCCUCCAUCCAAAGCGAAAUCAUCACCAGCUCCUGCAACGAAGGCAACAAAAUCCGCUGCCAAACCUGUAGCCCUGCCCCCACCGCCGCCCACAAAGACACCAGCUCGCAGAAGCGCCACGCAGAGCCGCGCUACUCCACCGCCAUCCGCCAAGACUUCUAGCAAACAAACUCCAACCAACAAGAAAGGAAACAUAAAGAAAGGUAGAGUCCAGGAAGAGGAGGAUGCAGAGGAAGUAGAAAGUGAAGAGGAGGAAGAGGAAGAAGAAGAAGAGGAGGAGGAGGAGGAGGAGGAAGAAGACAGUGCAUCAGACGAGGAUGAACCUCAACCCAAAAAAUCAAAGAUGGUGGCGUCUGUUCAGACUCAAGGGAAAGCUGCAGUGGGAAAAAAAACGCCAGCAGCAGCUGUUAAACAGGCCAACGCCGAGGUUAUCACAAAUAGCACUAAUGAAGAUCUGAAGAAAGAUGCAACAAAAAAUGCACAGAAAGAUAAAGGAAUUCAGGUGGAGGCGAAGGUGAACGGCGAGUGGUUCACUGGACGCGUAACCGCAGUAGAGACAGGAAAGGAGAGCGUACGCUGGAAGGUCAAGUUCGACUAUGUUCCCAUGAACACCCCAAGAGACCGCUGGGUGUUUAAGGGCAGCGAUGACGUCCGUCUUAUGCGUCCCGCCUCUCCAGAGUCCCGAAGUCCAGACACCAAUCAGGGUCCAGCACGGUCUGUAACUCCGCCCACCGCUGCGGAGCCUGACACGACUCAGAGCGGGCCGAGCAGAGAGACCACAGAAGGCCUUGUGACCAUGAUGAGGACGUUGAUACGGUAUUUCUUCCCUCCGGAUUUCCGAAUCCCUAAAGAUUCUGUGAACACUAUGAGUGCUGAGGACCUUGUGGCCUUUCCCAUCAAAGAGUAUUUCCAGCAGUAUGAGGCCGGCCUGCAGAGUUUGUGUAACUCUUACCAAACUCGGGCGGAGUCACGGGCACGAGCCGUGGAGGAGAAGAGCAGCGGGGCAGAAGCCAAACUCCGGGAAUCUGAGGAGAAACUCCGCAAACUCAGAACCAACAUCGUCGCUCUUCUGCAGAAAGUCCAGGAGGACAUUGAGAUCAGCAAUGACGAUGAGCUGGAUGCCUACAUUGAGGAUUUGGUCACAAAGGGAGAGUGAAAUACUGCAUCUCCUCUGUUUUACCUUCAUUUUCACUCUCUACAUGUGUUUCGUGCAUUCUAAGCGUUCUGACGGUCGACUGGCGAUUGCUGGUCGGAUGCCACAUCUCCAUCCCUGUACUGUAACAAUGCAGCAAGAGCUUCAUUGCCAACUUCAACGCAAUUUUUGGUUCAAAACACCACUCAGGCCAUCAACUCAGCCUUGGAGCAGAUUGAACUUGUGGGCCGCAGGUGAUGAGAGAUUCAAAGGGGUUCAUAGAACCUGCAGUUUGAAAUCUUUGUUUGGUUUUACUCUACAUGAAGGUUUUGAGUUCGUGUUGGCUGUGUUUUAAGGUCUCAGUGUUGUAAAACUUCAUUGUCAACCCGAUUUCAUGGACGAGUCCGCAGCUGUUCUCACAGCUCGCAUUGAUUCCUUUCCAAUCAGUUUGACAUUAUGAGUUUGAAAAUGGGCUUUAACUAGCUGCUAUGUUAUCCGAAUUCUCAAGUUUUGAGUUACUUCCCAUUUAAUUUUCCAUGUACGUGGUUGUGAUAUUCAGUUUGUUUUUUUUAAUAAACACUGAUCUGAUGCUGUUAACCUCUUCAGUUACAGUAUUUAGUCUUCAUCUU